CUCGUAGUUUUUGGGUGACCACGACUUUUAAAUUUCAAGGUGACAUGAUUCUCGAUGUGUGAGUCAAGGUUUUACCUGAAGGGAGUUUAGGCUAAGAAGUCUAAACUAAAUGACAAUGAAUAUUGCUUCAGCUCGUCGUUAUGACAAAGUCUGUAAUUGCCGAUGGCAAACGAAGUUUGUGAUUUGUAUACAAUGUAUAUGCUACUCUUUAUCCUUCAUCCCUAACAUGAAUUCGUACUUCUGCAUUAUCGGAGGGUACCUCCUACCACCUUACUUUCGUCUUUGGACACUUUUUACGUCUUCGUUUUACAACUUUUCUCUCACACUUCUCUUAUUGGAUAUUCUGACUGUGUUUCUUAUGGACAAAUUACUAUCCGGUCCUUACAAAUGGCUUGAGCUGCUUCGAUUUAGUGUGUUGGUAAACUUUUCUUCUUCUGUCUCUGUUUCUUUAUUUCUUUUCCCAAUAUCUCUUAUCAUGUAUGACAAAAGUGUGCUGUUUUUAUAUCCUGUUUGCGGUCUUGUUGCACUUCUGGGUGGCGUCACUGUAUUAGGCCGCCAGAUGAUGUCAGAUAAGCUAUUGAUCGAUUUUCCUUUGGGAAAAAUACGCUAUAAACACAUACCAUUCAUAUCUGCUCUGUCCUUCGCUGUUUUAUUUAGCAUUGGGUUUUGUGCUGGCAUAUCCUUUUCUCUCUUUGUAACUGGGAUUUUUAUUGCGUGGACCUACUUGCGUUUCUUUCAAAGACACAGUAAUGGACUACUUGGCGAUGUGGAUGAUAGCUUCACGUUUGCUGGAUUUUUUCCAAAUCAUUUAGGCCCACCUGUCUCUGUAGUAUCUAGUGCAGUAUUCAACGUUCUUGUUCGGCUGAAUAUUUGUAAGCCACCACCCGUAAGACAAGUAUCAGCCUCACCUUCAGUGGUUUCAUUUACGAUAGAUAUACACAACAAUGCUUCUCAAUUGGCUAACAGGUACAUUCCAGCUCUAGACCAUGUAAAUACUGCAAGUAUUCAGUCUGCAGGAAAAUAUAUUUCGUCCAUCUAUACAAUUUCAAAUUUAUCAACUGAACAAAGUCAACCCAUACAAACAAAUGGUACACCACUGCCACCUAUACCACCUCCGAUUUCUGUUUCAAAUAAUAAUUUAUCGUGAUAUUCUCUCUCUUAACUGUGCUGUUGCACAAGAAAAUUACUGUUUUUUGGUCUGUAUUCAACUUUUCAAUUAUGAAUGCUAAUGCAGAAAAUCUAGAUGAGCUCCGUCGUCUAUAUAUAUAUAUAUAUAUAUAUAUAUAUAUAUAUAUAUAUAUAUAUAUAUAUAUAUACUUUCUGUUUUAACUUUCAGUAAAGUGUCUUGUUAUAUCUCUAUUUUAUACUUAUAUCUUGUUGAUGGCUGUGAUUUGUAUAGUCAAUAAGAAAUAGUAUACCGUAACAACUUUUCUUGUCUUACCGGUUAAUAUUUGGUACUUUC